GUGAUAUAAUUACUGGUGUAAAUGGCCUCAACAUAGAAAGAGUCAGGCACAAAGACAUUGUAGAACUGAUUAAAGCAUCUGGGAAUAAAAUCAGGCUGGAGACUGUCUAUUGUUCUGCCAUCCAAAAAGCUGAACUGGAGGCCAGAGUACAGUAUCUAAAGCAAACAUUAUCUGAGAAAUGUGAAGAAUAUCGCUCACUAAUGGUGCAGGAGCAGAGGCUGUUACAUGGCAUUGUUGUAAAGGACCCCAGUGUUUAUGACACCUUGGAAUCUGUCAGGUCAUACAUUUAUGGGACAUUUCCACAAUGUACCAAAGAUCCACUCCCCAGUACCCUGGCCACUGGAAGUAUAUGCAGCAGCGCAAGCUGCCUGAGCACAGCCGAGGAUAACGAGGAAGCGGUCUAUCAGACCUGCUACUUCAGCUCCGACUCUACAGAUGAUAUUCACACCGUUCUCAACGAAAGCAAAAUCAAGCCUUACAAGUCUCCACUAACUCGCAGCUCGAGUGUUAAGUGUAUAAGUCCUGCUACGAAUUGGGAGAUGCCCAAGGAGCAGAGUACUUUUGUGUCUUUACCCAGGAAAAAACACACAAGUUUUCGGAAAAGGCUUCUGAAGUUUAUCCCUGGCCUAAACAGAUUUUUGGAAGAGGAGGCCAGUCCUCUUUAGCCCCCCCCACACACUUAUAUAAAAAGUU